GAAUGACACUUCAUUCCCCGGUCGGUUCAGGGAGCGUGUCGGCGUGCAGUACGACAUUUAUCUUGUACCCUAGUUUGGGAUCCAUUUACGGUUUCUUUUCAGGGUCGUAUUGUUGGGGGGGGGAUGGCGGCGGUCCUGCUUCAGGUUCUGGAGCGGACGGAGUUGAAUAAGCUCCCGAAAGGCGCUCAAAACAAGCUGGAGAAGUUUGUAACGGAGCUGCGAAAUGCUAACGAGGAGCAGCGGAAUGCUAACGAGGAGCUGCGGAGGCAGCGCGAGCGCUUGGAAGCGGACAGCGAACAGCAGUAUUUUGAUAUUGACAAGAGGCUGGCGGAGAGUCAGGAGCAGAUCCUGUCUGCCACGAAAGACGUGCAGACCCUCAAGGAAGAAAAUAAAAAACUCAAUGAAGAACUGAGCAGUCUGAAGGGAAUCGAGGGAGAGACGGCUGAAGAUAAACCACCACAACAGCAAACAAAGGCUAAGUAUGAGCUUGAGGCAGAGAAGAGAGAGCUGGAGAGGCUGCUGGAGAAGAGAAAGCAGGAGGUGGAAAACCUCACUGACGAUAUGAAACGACUGAAUGAGAAGCUGACAGAGACCAGCAAAGUGAAGACGGAGCUGCAGCUCAAACUGGAUGGCUUACAGUCAUCUGAAGCUUCUGUGCAGCACCGAGAGAAGCGCAUGGAGCAGGAGAAAGAGCUGCGUGAGAAGAAGAUCGAGUGGUUAACGGCAGAACUGAAGGCCAAAACUGAAGAACUAUUGAACACCAACAGAGAGAAAGGAAAGGAGAUACUGGAGUUGCAGGCGUGUCUGAAGAACAGCAAGGAGCAGGUGACCAGAUUGGAGGGGCAGCUGACCUCGCUGAAGCAAACCAGUGAAAAACAGAAUGAAAGAGGCGAGGACUUGAACAACAAACUCAAACAGGCUAAAGACGAGCAGAGUGCCAUGGAGGAGAAAUACCGCAACGAGCUCAACGCUCAUGUCAAGUUGUCUUCCCUCUACAAGUUGGCAGCAACAGACCUGGAGACAAGGAACCAAGAGCUGAGCAGAGCUGUAGAAGAGCUCAGCAAGCUGGUUAAAGACUCUGGAGAAGCCAAUAAGACCCUCGAAAAGAAGACGUCCGACAUGGCGGAACUAAAUACGCGGUUGGAGGCGGAGCUUACAGAGAAGAUCAAGAACAUGGAGAAGGAGCUGGAGACCGCCACGGUGAAGGCUUCUGGAAAACACUGCUGUGCGCCCUCUCUGACCGAGGAGCAAUUGGACGCCAUGUGUCCAUCGGCAGCAGCCAUUUCUGCUAUAGUAAAGCCCGCCAUGAAGUUCUUUGAUCUGUACAAUGCGUAUGCGGAAUGUCAGACGCAGCUUCAGCUGGAGAAGCAGGAGACCAGGAGGGUGAGCCGAGUUCUGGAUGAGAUCGUCCUGGAGGUGGAGUCCAAGGCCCCGGUCCUCAAGCGCCAGAGGGAGGAGUACGAGAGCAUGAAGAGGUCCAUGACCUCCCUGUGCAACAAGCUAGAGCAGGCUCGAACGGAAAUCUACAGUUUGCAGAAAGAAAAGGAGGAGGCCAAGCAGCGCUGUGACAGCAUGGAGAGAGAAAAGCUGAGGACGGAGAGACAGCUAGAGGACACAUCUACACAGGUCUGCUCUCUUCUGGUGGAGCUGGAGGAAGCACGAGGUAAUCAGGUGACUCGGGAGGACGGCACCUCCGCCAACAUAUCCAGCACUUCUGAGGUCACCAGUCCGCGCCAGCUGUCCUUCCGCAGCGUGGAGGAGCUGCAGAGGCAGAACCAAAGCCUACUGAAACAGCUGAGGGAGCUGGAGGAGGAGAAGGAGAGACAACAGAGCCAAGUGGCAUCAGCGCGCGUGUCGGAGUUGGAGGCCGGCGUGGACAAGCUUCAGAAGGAGGUGGAGCAGCUGAAGGAGCAGAGGAACCAGCAGAAGCAGCUGGCCGACUCCAGCGCCAGACAGAGGGACAUGUACAAGACCCUGCUGACGCAGAGCACCGGCUUCAGCCUGCCUCCUCAAGGUCCCGAGUCUUCAUCCCACCCCGCACCCGUUAGACCGCCGUUGCCGGCUACUCGCGCUGCUCCUCAGAGAGCCGCCGCCGAGUCGGCGCAGACCGCUCAGGCCAACGCUGCCUUAAAACAGCUGAGCGACUCCUUCGCCCUGUACAAGAAGGAGAAGGCCGAGAACGACCGGAUGUUGAACGAAACCAACGAGCGGCUGCAGAAGCAGCUGACGGACCUCCGCUCCAGCCACGCCAAGCUCACCUCGCAGCUUGAGUUCAGCAGCAAGAGGUACGAGAUGCUCCAGGACAACGUGUCAGCCUACCGUAGAGAGAUCUGCGCCCUGCAGGAGAGGAACCAAAAGCUGUCUGCCACGGCCCAACAGCACGAGCACGUCAUCCACACGAUGAGCCAGGACCUGCGGCAGGCCAACGAGAAGCUGGCGCUGGAGGAGGUGCGCGUGGAGAACUUCACCAAAGAGAGAGACAUGUUGAGACAAGCAGAGAGUCGACUGAGUCGAGAGAAGGAGGCCGUGCUGGCUGAGCAACAGAACCAGAACCUGCUGCUGACCAACCUCAAGUCCAUACAGUUGACCAUGGAGCGGACCGAGUCGCUGACCCGCCAGCGGCUGAACGACAAGAUCGAGCAUCUGGAGGCAGAAGUGGCUUCAAUGAAGACCAGGCUGGACCAGGAAGUGGCACAGAAACACGCCCUGGGGCGCACAAUGGAUGCCCAGUUGUUGGAAGCAAAGAAACAGCUGGAGACUCAGAACACCUUGCAGCAGAAGACCAGGGAGCUGCUGCGCGGCGCUGAGCAGCAGGUGGUGGCGCUGAAAGCCCAGCUGGCCUCUGCAUCGUCCUCUGAGGCCGUGGCCGCCACCGGCAACGCCAGCACACCGGCCCCCAGGGCCGCAGCCCUCAGAGCACCACUCCGAGUACGCUCUCCUGUACCAACUCCCGUCUCCCAGCAGCUCAGCCAAUCAGAGCAGGAGCUUGCCGAGGUGAAAAGCUCCCUCCGUACUGCUGAAGAACAAAAGGGCGAGCUGAUGGAGCAGCUGAAGAACGCUAACGCUACUGUGGAGCAGUACAAGGCUGUGGUGCUGACUCUGGAAGACAGUCUGAAGAAAGAAAAGGAGUCCCGGUGUCCUCUGGAGCUCCGGCUGAAGGAGUCUGGGGAGGUGCAGAAGCAGCUGGAGAAGCGGAUUUUAGAGGCGGAGAAAAUGAAGCAGCAGGAGCGAGAAGAGAGGAGGAAGGCCAUGGACGCUGUGGAAAAACAAGUGUGUGAGCUGCAGCGCACGCUGAAGUCCAGCCAGGCAGAGCAGCAGGAGGCGCUGGAGAGAGCUGCUGCUGCCGUCACAAUGGAGCAGAAGGCCAUUCAGGACAGCCAGCUGCAGACUAAGCUAGCUGCAGAGGCGCAGGCCAAGUACGAGCGGGAGCUCAUGCUCCAUGCUGCGGACGUGGAGGCCCUGCAGGAGCUGAAGAAAAGGUCGCAGCAGAACGCGGCGCAGAGGAGGGAACUGGAGGAGCAGUUGAGCAAGACCUCGUCCCUCCUGCAGGAGAAAACCGUAGCUUUGAGCGCAACUGAGAAACAGCUGAAGGAGGAUCUGGCCAAUAAGACGCGUUGCUGCGCGGAGCUGGGGAAGCAGAACUCUCUCCUGCAUCAGCAGAUGGAUGAGAUGGCCUCCAGGAGUCGUCAGCAGCGAAGCCAGCAGGAGCAGCAGCUGGACCUGUCGUUCACUGAGGAGGGGAAGACCACCGAGCAAAUACUGGAAAUACUCCGGUUUGUGCGGCGUGAGAAGGAGAUCGCCCUGGCUCAGUGCGAGGCCUCCGACAGAGAAGCUCUUCGCUACAAGCAGCGAGUGGAGCACCAAGAUAGAGAACUGAAGGAGCUGCAGGAGGCCCUGAAUGCCGAGAGGGAGAAAAUGCAGGCUACAGCAAAGACUCUGGCCCAGCAGCAGGAGCAGCUGAAGGAGAUGGAGACCGUCAGCACUCUGCAAGAAACCACCCGGAUGCUGAAAAUGGACCGAGACAAACUGGAACAGGAGCUCCUGCAGGCACAGGCCAAAGUUAGCAAGCUGCAGUCCGACAUCAGCCCGCUACAUCACUCCCUGUCCAUGCUGUCUGAGAAGAAUGGCUCCCUGCAGGCUGACAAGAGGAUACUGGAGGAAGACCUGAAGCGCUGGAAGGCCAAAACCCAGCAACUGGUCAGCCAACAGAAAGACGGCGAUGUGGAGGAGCGGCAGAAACUCACCACUGAGAGGGAAGCUCAGCAGAGACGCAUCACACAGCUGGCUGAAGAGACGGGCAAGCUGAAGACGGAACUGGCGAGAUCCAGCGCCAGCAGUAACUCGGCUCAGUCUCAGCUGCAGGCCUUCAGAGACUCUGUGGCCCGUCUGACGUCUGAGAGAGACACUCUGAAGAAAGACAUGGAGGCCAAGAACAAGGAUAUUCUGGAGAAGAACAAGACCAUCACCCAGGUGAAGAAGAUUGGACGACGCUACAAGACUCAGUACGACGAGCUCAAAGCCCAACACGACAAGCUGGUUGAGGAAACUGCUGCUAAAGCAGGAUUUGAAGCAGGACCGAACCAGGAGACUCAGCGGGAAGUGACUAAAGCCCAGGAGGAGCUCCGACGGGCCGCAGAGGAGCUGAACACACUGAAAGAGGAGGCGCGGAAAAGGCUGGAGGAGGCCCAGAAGAACCAGCAGGAGCUGCAGGAGGCCAAAAAGGAAAUCCAGCAAAGCAAGGAAAAGUUCCAGGAGGUCCAGAACCAGCUGACGCAGGUCCAGUCCCAGUUGUCUCAGACCCAAGCGCAACAGCAGCAGAAUCAGAACCAGCUGACCCAGAGUCAGAAGGAGCUUCAGCAAGCAAAGAGCCACAGCCAGCAGGUACAGAACCAGCUGAAGUCAGCGCAGUCUCUCGCCCAGAAUCGUCACAACCAGAAUCAGCAGAUCCAGAGGGAGCUUCAGCAGGCUAAAGAGGCCCUUCAGCAGAACGUCACAAAUCAGAAAGAGCUGCAGCAGACCCACCAGAGCAGUCAACAGAGUCACAACCAGGAAGUCAUCAACCUCAAGGCGGCUCUCAGCCAAGCCGAGAGCAAGGUGACUGAGCUUCAGAGCCGCAUGGACAACCAACAGAAGCUGGUGGGCGAGCAUGAGGCAGACAUCAAGCGUCUGCAGGAGCAACUCAAGGAGGCUAACCAGGCUAAUGAAGCUAGCCGGGCAAAGCCGGCCAGCCAGGGUUCCCAGUCCAACCAGCCUUGUGAGGCCAGCGCUGCCAGUGACGCUAACAAAGCGCUCCAAGAGGAGCUGUCAAAACUCAGACAAGAGCUGUCUGACAGCAAGAGAAUAGAGGAGCAGCUCCGACAGCAGAUCGCUGAAAAAGAGGAGAAGACAAAGAAGGUCUUCAUGGGAGCCAAGACCAAAAUCAACCAACUAAACAGUGCUAAGGAGCAGCUAAAUAGGGAGAUCGAAGAGGUGAAACAGAGCAAGGAUGAGCUGGAGGUGAGGAUGAGCGCCCUCAAAUCGCAGUACGAAGGACGUCUUCUUCGGCUGGACAGAGAACUGAGGGAGCUGAAAGAGAGCCAAGCGCAGCCGGAGCCCAGAGAGGAGCCACUGGACCAGAGUGGAGCGAAGGGGGGUGACCAGGCCAGAUCUGCAGACCAGAGACAGAUAUCCCUGAAGAAUCCCGCCCAGGACAGAGGAAGUUCCAGCCAGUGCGACCCCCCCACUGCCAACAUCCGCCCCACUACAAGCACUCCGUCUCCGAGCAACAAACCUAGCCCCUCCUCUGGGAGCAAGGCCACACCCCGAGCCAGCAUCCGGCCAAUGGUUACCCCGGUAACCAUCCCCGUCCCAACACCUACAGCCACUGUCAUGCCGACCACACAGAAUGACAGCCAAGAGGCGCUGAUUAGUUCGGGAGUCCCUGUACACUCCACCGGCUCCAGUCUGGCAAACACGUCAAUAAGUCAGCCAACCAGCGCCCAGAACACAGCUUUUGUCCAGCCCACCCAGCAGCAGGCAGCCAAUCAGGACGCAGGCCCCAGUAUGGAGGCAGAGCGACCGUCCACGUCGUCCUCCCUGAGUGGAACAGCCGGUUCAAAGCGUGGCAGAGAGGAAGGGGACGAGGAAGAGGAGAGUUCCAGACCAGAGACUUCACACACACCACCAACCAGCAAAAAACUACGCCUGAAACCAACAACGAUGAUGCAGAUGGAAGGUGAUGAGGAAAUUGAAGGAGAAGGACAGGAUUCACCUGACGACAGUCAGGAACCUCCGGAGGAUUGUUUCCCCGUGUCGGUCGAAGAGCACCAGGACAUCGAGGAAGAAGGCGUGUCCCAGUCUGUCCCCUCCGAUCUGAUGUCCUCUCAGGACUCCGCCAUCAUUCGGGAAGUCAUUGUGAUCGACACGGACAGUGAGAGCCACGAGAGCAAAGAGGGGGAGGAGCAGCCGCAGCAGGAGGAGGAGGAUGAGGAGCAGCAGCAGGAGGAGGAGGAUGAAGAUAAAGAGGAGGAGGAUGAGGAGGAGGAAGAAGAAGACGACAACGACACGUACAAGGAGGAGGGCGAUGAAGACGAGGAUGAUUCUGGUGACAGCGGGAUUAGGGGAGAAGAAGACGACAACAACGAGGAGAGCAGGGAGGCAGAUCAGGAGGGAGGGGAGGGCGAGCCGUCAGAAGCCUCCAACCUCGAGGAGACAACGUGCCGUGACUCGCAGCGUCCCUCUGAGGCGUCGCACAGCAAUGAGGGAAGCAGUGGCGCCACAUCGGAGUCCGACGCCCCCGGAGACCUUGUGCACUUUCCUCCGACCUCCUCUGCACCCUCUCCCUCCCCUUCCCCCGCCUCCUCCCUCACGCCCCGCCUCCCACACCCACGUAGGCCCCCGCACCCGCUGCCACCGCGGCUCUACAUCCAACCGCCGGAGCUGGGGCCCCCGCACACACAGAGACAGUCCUCUCAGCUGCGCAGACCCUCAGUAGGACGUGGACCUCAACUGACCCCUGGAAUAGGCAGUAUGCAACAUUUCUUUGACGAUGACGACAGAAUGGUUCCCAGUACUCCCACUCUGGUGGUCCCACACCGCACGGAUGGCUUUGCAGAGGCUAUACAUUCUCCUCAGGUCGCAGGUCUGUCCACCAGGUUCAGGUUUGGACCUCCGGAAGACCUGCUGCCUCAGACGUCCGCCUCACACUCUGACCUGGGACAGCUAGCCUCUCAAGGAGCUGUGUGUGAAGGUCUGGGGAUGUACGAGUCCCCUCUGUUCCUGGCUGCUCACGAUGAAGACGGAGGAGGAAGGAGUGUCCCCACCACACCGUUACAAGUGGCUGCACCAGUGACGGUCUUCACAGAGUCUCUACCCUCAGACAGUUGCGACAAUAUGGCGUCCCAGUCGGUUCCCAUGGUGACCACCUCCACCGGGAUGGCAUCUGCUGCUGAUGAUGGUGAUGAAGUCUUCAUGGAGCAGGAUGGAGAGGGGCCUGGUACAGAACCCUCUUUGGAGAACCAGACAGACAUGGACUCAACAGGGCAGCAAAGUGAUGACUCGUCACUGCCGUCUACCAGCCACGACCCCGACACCAGCAGCGCCACCCAGCGGCGCACUGUUCCCACUCUGAUGAGCAUCCCGCCGGCCAGGGGGACCAGGGGAGGGAGGAUGGAGGCCAGGACGCCACUCAGCCGCAGAGGCACUUUCUUUCGUGGAGGGAGGGGCGGAGCCGUGGGCAGAGGCGGCUUUGCCUGAUGAUAAUGAUCUCAGGCAGCAACUCUUUAAAUAAGGGAACGGGAAGAAAGAGCUUGUUUACCAUUUUUUUGUUGAAUUUUAAAAUAUUCAGGAUGAAAAAUGAACAACGGAGAUAUGUGUGGUUCUACGGACAAAUUGUUUGUGAGAAUGUGUAGUUUGUCAUUUUUACAUUUAUCCAUGGUCAUUUAGUUGGUGUCUUCAUGUUGCUGUUUGGAUUGUUAAACUUGUUUUAGUAAUAAAGUUGAAUGGAGAGUUGUAA